AUGAUGAUCGACUGUAUAUGCCAGGCUGUAGAUACUCAGGGCUACCCCAUAGACUACGGUUUACCAAAAAUGCCCUGCAGAUCAACUUGCAGCGAGCCAUACUACAGAACGCUUCCCUGCAAUAGAAUGAAGAGGCAUUCGGCGGCCAACCCAUUGAAAAGGUACUCGAGGGAGAUAGAAUUCCUUUCCCGGAGUAUCGAUUCUCCUUACGAUAAUUAUCAUGCUUCGGAUAUCAGGUAUACUGCUGACGGUUAUCCAGUGCCGCGCCAAACACCAGGAGCUCGUCUACCGCCCGGUACUAGCACGCCACCUCCAUCGUUGCCAUGUUGUUCGGCAAAUUGGCCACCCCGUCUACAGAGCACACAACAAAUGGUACCGGGGGUCUCCAAAAAGUGCGCCAGUGCCCAAACGGACACCGAAGACGAGUGCGAAAGUAGUGUGAGUGGUAGUGUUAGUGCUCCCGACAAAUGUGAGCCGACAGUGAAUAACGUGCCGAAUGAAAAUGUCAACGAGGUACUAACUGAAAGUCCAGAUGAAGGAUACGAGGGAGAACCGUCUGCCGUGUAGUGCGAAAAUCUCGGAAAUGUGAAGUAAGUGUUUUUGUAAAAACCUACUUGAGAAACGACAAAUGUUUUAAGUGUAAGUAGGUAACCAACGUAUCAUACUAGAGAAAAUAGUCUAAGACCUAGCAACGUUUUUGAGAAAGUAUUUUC